AUGGCGAUCGAAAGCCUCCCCAUUGAGGCCUUAUGUGUCGGAAAGCCAACGACCACUCUUUUGCCCGAGACUGAAGCUUCAAAAGCUGUGAUUCUCGAGCCAUAUCACGUUGAUCUGCUACCAGUAUAUGGCUAUACCACCGGAGAAUAUUUGAUCUCCGGUGAAGCUGCUGGCCAAUCUUACUGCACCAGGCUACUACUUCGUUCACCCGCGGAGCCGACCAAAUUUUCCGGUCUUGUCGUCGAAGAACCAUCUCACCUGUGGGGCGGUACCAGCAUAUGGCGCCAUGUUAAUCGUUGGAUCAUGCGUAAUGGACACGCAUGGCUUGAGGUCGAUUCCCAGGCACCUUCCGCAAUUGCGAAGGUUAAGAACAUUGAUCCCACUCGCUACCAAGACAUGCACUUUAUUCCGAGCUUACUUGCGGAUGAAUUUGCCGCGAAUGUCCCAUUUGUGACUGACACAUCCAAGGAAACUCUGUACGAAAAGUACUGCGCAUUUAAAGCAAAAUGGUGGCCUGCUACUUCGCAAUGUCCGGAAAUUCUGGCCGCUGCUUCAUAUGCUCUGAGAUCUGGAGAACUGGGGGUUAAAGCCCAGAGUGUUAUUCUGACUGGGCUUUCACAGACCAGUGGCGUGACCAGACGAUUCAUCACACACUCUUCUCAUUUACGACUUCCUGAGGGUUCUCUCCCUUUCGAGGGAUUCAUUCCUUGUCAGUCUGGUGGACCCCCACUUCCUGAUCUUGCCCCCGCGAAGGUUAUUGAACUUCUUGGGGAAUCAGAGUUCCAAUCUGUCCGAUUCCCCUGUGGUGUCAGUGGACAACUCAAAGACACAAUACACCGACGCCCCGACAGUGACUCAUUACGCAUAUAUGAAGUAGCUGGAAUGGCCCAUCGAGAAUCACGAUAUUCUUCGGCUUCAGAUAUAAAGUGGUUGGCAGGUGUUGAUUUGCAUGGCGCAAAGUGGAGCUCUUUUCCCAACUCGUUUAUCUACCACGCUGUCUUUGAAGCUAUGGAGAAAUGGAUCACACGCUCAAUCAACCCUCCUCCAAGUGCUCUCCUCCAGACCGUUGGAUCAAGCGAUAAUAUUUUGCGCGACGACCACGGAAACGCGCUUGGAGGAGUCCGGACUCUUCAUACAGAGGUUCCUUUGAGUCGACUUGUUGCAGCCACUCCGAAGGGACGUCCAAGCUGGUACUGUGGAUCCGAAUGGCCUUUUAGCCAUGACAAGAUUUUGGCAAUUUAUGGCUCGGUUAGAGAGUAUCGGCACCGUGCGGGAGAGGCCAUUCAACGACAAAUUGAGAGCGGCUUCUUGUUACCAGAGGAUGCGGAAGUUUUGCGCCGGGAAACUGUUGAGCACCUUAUUGCAUAA